AUGACCGGUCGAAAUGCUCCUCGCUCAAAGAAUGGAUGCAGCACGUGUCGUCGCCGCAAGGUAAAGUGCGGGGAGGAGCGUCCGGUCUGUAAACGAUGCUCUGCCUUGGGAAUUACUUGCGAAUGGGCCGCUGUCGUGAAGCGGGGGAGAUCGCAUACCCCGGUCCCUAUCCAGCCUGCUCGAGCCCGACGGCCAACGACAACCGCUGCGGCAACGUCGAGUACGGCUGAACAACCGCCUCUCGAUUUCAAUUCCCUUGCACUGAGCCCUCAAUUCAGUCAGAUGCUAUGCCCGGAAGCUCUAUUCCCUGAGAUAUGGACUUUUCUGCCGGCCGCCUUUACAGCUCCGACCCCGUUAUACCCGUCACUAUCCGGAACAGAUAUCGCGUGCUCGAACUCGCUGAUGCUCAUGGAGCAGGACCAGAUAUAUUUUCAAUACUUUCCGUCCUCGUCCGUUGUGUUCUACUACAUCAAGUCAUGGGCGUGGAGCGGUUUCAGCUACCUAUACCAAGGACCUGCCGCUUCCAGCAAGGUCGUCAUGCGCAUGAUACUCGCGUUGGCUGCGAACGACAUGCAUCGAAACGGGCUGCUCGUGCGGUCUCCAGGUCGACCCUCUGCGGAGGACCACGCGCGCUAUCAUUAUGGCCUCGCAGUGAAGGAAUUCCGGCAGCUCCUCGAGACACGCGAGAAGCCCCUCUCGCAGCCCGAGUUGGAGAUUGUCUUUGCGAGUAUGUUCCUGAUGAUAUCCUACGAGUGGCAGUUUGGGCAAUCUGUGCAGGAUCUCCAGCUUCACCUCCGCGGUGUGCGCUCGCUGUUAGAAUCGCACUCUAAACUCUUUGAGGGUAAAGAAGUAGACGAGGUACUCAUGUUCAUGGACACGGUCCAGUCGGAAGCCGCGCCUCAAGUCUCCUUCAUUCCGGAACAGUUGCUCCUUUGGAUAAUAUAUAUCGACUCGGGCUGUCGGUCGAUGGGAACGGCAGAUUCGCUCACCGAAUACGUGCUGCAAUCUGGAAACCAGGCUAUUCAUCCGGACCGACUCUAUCGUUGCGCUCGUUUAUGGGGGCGGUGUUUUUGGGGCAAGCAAUAUCCUGACCAGGAGGUGUCAGAUGAUAUGGAAAACUACCGUGCCCUAGAGCUUCUCCACGCGGGGAUGACUCUCCGCUACAAAAUAUGGCAAGCCCUAUCCGAUGACGCCGUACAGACCAACAACCAAGCGGAGUUACUUUUGAAGGAGAUCAAGGCCACCCGCGAAGUAUGGUUUUUCCAGACUGUCUUGGACUUUGCUGGACCUGCGUCGACACGCCGGACACUUAACACGAUCAAUAUGGCUGUUAGUACCUUCUACGCACAAGUUCUGUUCCAUCGGCGUCUUUUAUACCCUCCGGGGCCGCCGUCGCCGUUUCAGCGCGUCGCUGUUACCAAUAUAAUUGAGAUUGCGCGCAAGCAAUACGCAUCAGAUCCGCGCCUUCUUCGCCGCAUACACUGGCCGCUGCUAAUGGCAAUCAUCGAAACUGAUGACAUCUCGCAGCGUGAGUGGCUACGUGAACGUUUGGUUGAUCUGCGGGGGUUCCACUCAGAGUACGCAUGGGCUAGCGAUCUCGCAGACGAAAUCCUCGCUUUGCAAGAUACGAGCAAGGAUAGAUACGCGGAUAUAGCAAGUUUUUUUCGUCGACAUGUAACAGGAUGA